UAUGUCCAGUAAUAAAUUCGGAUCAGUUUUCGUCUGGUUUGUCCCGUUGUCUCACCACUCUACCUCCAGUCAUGCACCGUUGACUGUCAAAGGUUAACCAUUGUAUAACCAGUAGGAAAGGCAUGUACUGAUCUUCAACUUACUUGCAUUCAUCCUUAUACGCGUGGGGUUUAUUGGUUGUGGCUUUGCAGUUUGCUUACCAACGCCUCUGCACUUGUUAUCGUUUCAGCGGCAAAACAACGCUGAGCGGUUUCUCGUGUCUCCCGACUUGAAAUACGUCCUGCUUAUAGGACGACAAACAAAGCUCUCCGAGUACACCAGCGAGGCUCAAUGCUGGCUGUGGCAUGUGGACACAGGACACACCACACCGCUGAAGCCGGAGUCGUGGGGAGUCGACCGGUCGCACCCGCCGCUCCAGCACGUGGCUUGGGUGCCUCGGAGCGGUGACCCGGCACGCGCGGGCAACGCCCUGCUCAUGGUGCACCGUGGCAACGUGUACUACAAGGAGCGGGCGAUCAGCGCGGACUCGUACUCCGUAACCAGCGACGGGGUACCAAGCCUCGUAUACCACGGCGUACCCGACCUCCUGUACGCAGACUACAUCCUGCGCUCGGACCACACUGUGUGGCCGUCUCCCAGCGGUUCGCUCCUGCUGUACUUCACGAUCAACUGUACCGCGGUGAUGGACCUGCAGUACACCGAGUACGGCACCGGUGCCGACCCGUCGUACCCGCGCGUGCACUCGGUCAAGUACCCCAGGGCGGGCGCCACUAACCCCAGCCUGACCGUGACGGUCGUGAACGUGUCGGAGCCGCAGGAGCUGGUCUAUCACGCCGUGCAGCCGCCGACGCCGCUGGCCGACCGGGAGCUGUACGCGGCUGGCGUGCGCUGGCUGGACGACAGUCAGGUGUCGGUCACGUGGUACGGCCGCCGGCAGAACUUCAGCUCCGUCUCCGUGUGCACGGCGCCCUCCUGGCGGUGUCAGACGGUGUACCGGUCGGAGUCGGCCCACGGCUGGGUGGAGGUCACAGACGGGCCCAUAUUCUCCGCCGACAAGAAGUCCGCCCUGCUGCUGGACCGGGUGCGGACGGGCCGAACGGCUCUUCACACAGAUCUGAUGGUGGACGCGCUGAGGAAGGUGGUGACGCAGCUGACCUCGACGCUGGACUUUGUCACGCCGCUCCGGGUGAUCGCUGUCGGGCACGGGUACGGCGCGUACCUUGUGCUCACGCUGCUGGCGAAGAACGGAGAAGCUGCUGAGGUGUGCGGUGUACCCGGACGAGGGGCCAUCAGCUGA